GACGUGCACACGCAGCCGACUUUGCGUACUGCUGUAGUGAUUGGUUGGAGGAUUGGAUGACGAUUAGUAAGCGCCGGAAGUAGGCGACUGCUAGUGGAGGUAUCGGUGUUUGGCACACAGGGAUACGUUUGUUUAUAUCAUGGAGAAUAGCAACCACAACGAGAGGAAAAAAAUGCCUGUGUUUCCACAGAGAGCCCGUCCAGAGGAUGAAGAGCCUGAACUUUCUGAAGAAGACGACUAUGUACCCUAUGUUACUGUCAAGGAAAGGAAAUCUCAGAUGCUCCGAAAGCGACUACAGAUGCGAAAGAAGGGAGUUGUAGACGUAGAGCCGAGGGACAGUGGAAGUGAUCAACGAGGGGAUGAAGAUGACAUUCCUUUGGGACCCCGGUCUAAUGUCAGCCUCUUGGACCAGCAUCAGCAUCUAAAAGAAAAAGCAGAAGCUAGAAAAGAAUCUGCCAAAGAGAAGCAGCUGAAAGAAGAAGAGAAGAUCUUGGAGAGUGUUACAGAAGGAAGAGCUCUGAUGUCUGUAAAGGAAAUGGCAAAAGGAAUCACUUAUGAUGAUCCUAUAAGAACUAGCUGGCGAGCUCCACGUAAUAUCCUUGCAAUGUCUCAAGCACGCCAUGACCGUGUCCGGCGAAAAUACCACAUUUUGGUGGAAGGCGAGGGCAUUCCACAACCUAUCAAGAGUUUUAAGGAAAUGAAGUUGCCUGCGGCAAUUUUACGGGGGCUAAAGAAAAAAGGAAUUCUGCAUCCUACUCCAAUCCAGAUCCAGGGCAUUCCUACCAUCUUAUCAGGAAGGGAUAUGAUCGGCAUUGCAUUUACUGGCUCUGGAAAAACGCUGGUGUUCACCCUGCCUGUCAUUAUGUUUGGUCUAGAGCAAGAAAAGAGACUACCUUUCACAAAGAGAGAAGGCCCUUAUGGACUCAUCAUUUGCCCAUCGAGAGAGUUGGCACGUCAGACACACAGCAUCAUUGAGUAUUUUUGCAAACUGUUGCAAGAAGACAACUUCCCAACUUUGCGUACAGCGCUCUGUAUAGGUGGCAUGUCUGUCAAAGAACAAAUGGAAACCAUUAAGCAGGGAGUUCACAUGAUGGUGGCAACUCCAGGUCGGCUUAUGGACCUCCUACAGAAAAAGAUGGUGAGCCUGGAUAUCUGCCGGUAUCUGGCUCUGGACGAGGCUGAUCGUAUGAUUGAUAUGGGCUUUGAAGAGGAUAUUAGGACCAUCUUUUCAUACUUUAAGGGUCAGCGACAGACGUUGCUUUUUAGUGCCACUAUGCCCAAGAAGAUCCAGAACUUUGCCAAGAGUGCCCUUGUAAAGCCAAUCACUAUUAACGUGGGGCGAGCAGGUGCUGCCAGCUUAGAUGUGAUACAGGAAGUGGAAUAUGUCAAAGAGGAAGCAAAGAUGGUUUAUUUAUUAGAGUGUUUGCAGAAGACUCCACCUCCUGUGCUGAUAUUUGCAGAGAAGAAGGCAGAUGUAGAUGCUAUACAUGAAUAUCUGCUUCUCAAGGGGGUGGAGGCAGUGGCUAUACAUGGAGGCAAAGAUCAAGAGGAGAGAACAAGAGCAAUUGAGGCUUUCCGAGAAGGCAAGAAAGAUGUUCUGGUUGCUACUGAUGUUGCUUCCAAAGGUCUGGACUUUCCAGCUAUACAGCAUGUGAUCAACUAUGAUAUGCCAGAGGAGAUAGAGAACUAUGUCCACAGAAUAGGACGUACUGGUCGAUCGGGUAACACUGGCAUAGCGACCACUUUUAUUAACAAGUCAUGCGAUGAAUCUGUUUUGAUGGACCUGAAGGCUCUGCUUCUGGAGGCCAAGCAACGUGUACCUCCUGUACUGCAAGUGCUCAACAACAGUGAUGAAACUAUGCUGGAUAUUUCAGAUGAACGAGGCUGUGCCUUUUGUGGAGGUUUGGGUCAUCGUAUUACAGAUUGUCCUAAACUGGAAGCAAUGCAAACCAAACAAGUCAGCACCAUUGGAAGAAAAGACUACCUGGCCACAGGUUCCAUGGAUUUCUAAGGGUGGAAGGCCACAGCCAGCUCUUAGAUGGAGGAUUCUAUUUUGUGAAUCUCCUGGAUGCGUCUGUACAUUGGGCUUUGUCUCCGUCUUAAAGAAAUGCUCUACAGCAAAUAUGUAUUUAUUUGUCGUGAUUUACCUGGUAGUGUCUCGUUCUCUGGGCACCAAAACUUACGUUUCUAUGAAACCUUUUAUCUGCUCUCAGAACAUAUAUAAAUCUCCAUAACUGUAUACAUUUUUACUUGUAUCAUCUUUUUUUAUUUUUAUGGUUGGUGAACACUGUGAUGUCUGUCUCCAUAAUGUGUUUGCCCAUGAACUUAAAUGCUCUCUUCAACAGACUGUGAGAGUAUUGGCAUUGUUGGCAUGGCGUCCUUUUUAUGAUGGUAACCAUAUUUUGGGGCGAUUGUAUUCUGAAUAAUGAAGUCUGCAUUACAAAUGCUCUAUUUUGUACCGACUACAUCUUCUGCUGUACAUCCACAAUAAAAGAUUGUGAACACAA